CUUGUCUGCCGGAAGUUUAGAGUCUGCUAGCAGUUAGCCAGUUAGCUUCCUCCGUCAUGGCGGAACUGAACCGACAGCUGCAGGAGUACCUGUCCCAGUCUAAAGGCGGCGGAGCCCGGACCAUCUCCCAGUCCAGCUCCAGCACCACGGUGGACCUGGACGACCCGGAGCCGGUACCAGGCAGCUGGUUCGGCCGGUGGUCGAGCCGCUGGUCCGGGUCCAGCCACUCCGGCCAAAGCUCCGGUGGAAACAGCGGCUUUUCCUGGCCGUGGUCGGCCGAGCCGGACCCCUGUCUGCCGGGCAUGAGCCGCCGCCAACGGCUCGUGGCUUUCGCCGUGUGCGCGUCCUUCUCCGCGCUGUGCUUCGGACUGUCGGCGCUGUACGCGCCACUGCUGCUUCUCUACGCCCGCAAGUUCGCGCUGCUGUGGUCGCUCGGUUCGCUGUUCGCCAUCGCAGCCGCGGCGGUGCUUCGCGGGCCCAGCAGACUCGCCUCCGGGCUGCACAAGUCCCCCGGAGCCGCGGUGUACCUGUGCGCCCUAGCCGGGACUCUGUACGCGGCGCUGAGCCUCCACAGCACCGUGCUGACGGCGCUGGGAGCUGCCCUACAGGUGGCUGUGAUCUUCGGCUACGUGGUGUCUCUGCUGCCCGGUGGCAGCGCCGGGAUCCGGUUUAUGGGCGGCAUGGCGGCGUCCGCCAUCAAGAGGACAGUUACCGGGAAAACUAUGCCGAUCUGACCGGGGACGGAGUGCCACAGAGCGGACACGUUGCACAGACAGUCGGGGGGUGGGGACACAGGGGACCAGGGCCCGCGGGAGAGUCUGCAGACGGUCCCGGUGUCUGCAGAUCAACACAGACACAAUCUGCGGAGUUUUUAAGUUUUCAGCUGUGAACCAGGAUGAAAAUGUGCGGAAUGUAUCGGGCUGUUGUUGUGCUCCAUGUGGACACGUGUUAACAUUCAGAGUUUAAUUUUAAAUAGUUGUAACCCUGGUGUUGUCUUCCCGUUCACCGUAUCCUAACUUUUAGUUUUUUCUGGGUCAAAAUUGAAAAGAUUUCCAAGUUUUUUUUGUCACUGUUUCCGAAAUUGUAGUCGGAUUUUUUUCCCAGCAAUUGUUUUGGAUAUUUUUGUCGAUUUUUCUUCUCGCGUUUUUGAAGCUUUGACCAAAUGUCUGUUUGUUUUUUACGAUAAAAUUAAAUAAAACACCCAAAUUCAAUAAAAGUAGUGAACUGAUCAUUUAUUUUACAUGUGAAGAGUUAUGGCUGUAUGGAACCAGCCACUUUAUUUUUAUUUGGUUGAAAGAAAACCCAAAUUCCUGACAUGGAAUUGUUUUUUUAUAUUUUUAUUUUUAAACUGGUUAAAAUUUGCCCCCGAGGACAACAUGAGGGUUAAUUAUUAUUAUGGGCUGUUAACAGCCGGCUGCUGCUCACAGGACCAAAUCAAGUUUAAGAUGAUUGAACUGUUUAAAUUUUCUCUGAUGUAUUAAUUGAUUAAUUAAUUGAUUGUUUGAGAGAGUGAAGAGAAUCCCUUUAAUAAAGAGAACUAAACAUGGCUUCAUA